GUUAUAUGGAUGUGAAUACAUUCAAGCUGAUUCCUUUCAAUACUUCGUUUUAAGCGGGGCGUAACGAUUUCUCGAUUUCUUUUACAGUGAAUCUCGCGUGGACGACUUAAUAUAUAUUUAGUAGAAUUAACAAUUAUGGGAGGCGAAGAAGGGCUAGGUGUGACAACUGGUCAACCCAAUUUAUAUAAACAAGAUCUUUCAAAACUAGAUGUCAGUACAUUAACUGCUUUAUCUCGUGAAGUCAUUAGCAGGCAAGCUACAAUAAAUAUUGGUACCAUUGGUCAUGUAGCGCAUGGAAAAUCUACAAUUGUUAAGGCAAUCUCAGGUGUGCAAACUGUACGCUUUAAAAAUGAAUUGGAAAGAAAUAUCACAAUUAAACUUGAGCAUCCGGUAGAGAGAGGCAAUAUGGAACAUGCAGAUAUUCCUGGUGAAACGUCUUCUACAUCUGAAAAAAGAUCACUUUCGCCUGUAAGUGUCCAACAGCGUUUGAAGCAGCCAAAAGUUGAUGAGAAAACCAGUUUUUAUCCAGACAACAGUGAAGAUAGUGCCAAUUUACGCGGAAAUUCAAAUAGAAAAGAAAGGAGAUUUAGUAGGAUGAAUGUAAAUCGUCGAAAUAUGGAAAAAUUUGAUUCGCCAAAUAAUGUAUACUACAAAAGGAAUGCAAGAUGUAACAGUAUCAUUGACACUUCAUUGAAGUAUGAUGUCGCGAAAUUUAAAUUGAAAGAACUACGAAUCGUUUUGGAAGAUAUUAAAUACAGUAGUUCGCAUAAUAAUAACGUCAAAUUAAAGAUAACACCUAAAAAGGACGUUUGGGAAGUGGAGAAAAUCCUAAAUAAGAAAAAAAUAAAUGGUGUAACGUCGUAUUUGAUCAAGUGGAAAGAUUGGUCCGACGAUUAUAAUACGUGGGAACCAUUGAAGAAUAUGACAAAUUGCGAUGAAAUUUUGAAAGAGUUCGAGACGAGCAGGACUAAGUUAUUCGAAAAAUUAAAAAAAAAAAUUGAAUUUUAUCCAACGGAGCAAGACGUUUACGAAUUUUUAAAUAAAAUCCAGCAAGAAGGACAGUCGAUUGAUCGCGCUGUAAUCGAUGAAAGUACUUUUUACUCUAUUAUAAACAAUUUUUUGAAACUUAAUCAUGUAAGAAAAGAUAAGGAGAUGGCAAAUAUUAAAACAAAUAUUUUGCGGUAUAUGUUGUACGACUUAAGAAGGGAACAAUUAGACUUAUUAAAAGAUUGGGAAAACGAGAUGAAUAGUAUUAGUAAAGGGAAGCCAUCAAUAUUUGUAGAAAAUCUCAUGGAUCUUGAAGGUCCUCCGGAAGAUUUUUUUUACAUAGAAGAUUAUCUUCCGGGCGAGGAAGUAGUGAUACCCGAAGAUCCUCCGAUUGGUUGUGACUGUGUUAAUUGUAGUUCUAAUACGAAAUGUUGUUCAGUACAAAGCGAUAGUAUUUUUCCGUAUACUUCGAAGGGAAAAAUUCGCGUUAAACCAGGUACGCCGAUAUACGAAUGUAACAAACAAUGUAAAUGUGAUUCGACGUGUCCAAAUCGUGUUAUUCAACGUGGUGCCUAUAUAAAGUUUUGUAUUUUUAAAACUAAGGACGGUAGGGGUUGGGGUGUAAAAACAUUGCAAAAUAUCAAAAAGGGUUCCUUUGUAACACAAUACGUAGGUGAAGUAAUCUCCAGCGAGGAAGCUGAUAAACGUGGUAAAGAAUAUGAUGCUGCAGGUAGAACAUAUCUUUUUGAUCUGGACUAUAACGAAACCGACGAUCAAUGUCUUUAUACGGUUGAUGCAGCUGUAUAUGGUAACAUAUCGCAUUUCAUCAAUCAUUCCUGUGAUCCUAACUUGGCGGUUUACGGUGUUUGGAUCAAUUGUCUCGAUCCUAAUCUUCCGAAACUUGCCUUAUUCGCCACGAGAGAUAUCGAAAAGAACGAGGAAAUUACAUUUGAUUAUAUGUUUCAACCUUUGAAAACAACGCGCGUGAUGCAGAACGAUAUUAAGGACUCGAGAAUCAUCGCUAAUAAAGUGUUAUGCAAGUGUGGUGCUAAGAAUUGUAGAAAAUAUUUAUUUUAAAAAAUAUUGCAAGAAAUACUUUUAAAAAGAAUAUCUUCGUCCAAAAUCAUGAAGAUUACAUCAUAGUGCAUCUAUAAUUUAAAUUGAUAGUUUAUUCAUUUCACCAAGAUUUCAUCAUGUAUUGAAUGUUAUUGAUUAAUUAGUAUUUCGAUAAGUUAAGUUAUUUUUGUAUUUAAAUCAUUUAAAAACAAUACAUUCACCGUUAGGUAUCUCGCGAAUGUAAUAAUGCAUUUACUUCAUCGAAUACAUAAAUAAUUGACAAUUUAAUGUUGCAUAACUUUACAAUAUCUUAAAAACGUUAGAAUAUGAUGCAAGAGAAAUGAUAAUAAUAGAAAGAGAAAAUGCGUAUUUAUUAUUGUUGUAUUUUUUAUACGAUAAAUUGGUGUUUUUAAAACAUCAAUAAAGAUCUGAUUGUUAUUAGAAGUAAAAGAAAUCGAAAAGAGAAAUGAUGAUGGUACAUGACGAGAUAUUCCAUUUUGGAAUACUAAUAUGCAGAGUAAAAGUAACAUUUUAUAUUGUUUUCGCAUUAUAUCUUGUAAGAAAAGUUAUAUCAAUAAAUAGAAAGGAUUUAAACCAUAACUGUAUUUAACAUAUUAACAGUAGUAUUUGUAGAGAAAUUCAAUUCUAAUGAAAACUAUAUCUAUUGCAUGUAAUAUUACGAUUUUAUUGUUUUAUUUGAAUUAAUACAAUGAAUCAAUUUUUUGCAAUUAAUUACCAUAGAAGUUAGAUAUAGAAUUAUAGAUUAGAUAUAGAAGUUAGAACAUAGAAAUAUCUAGGACAUAAGUGUAAAAAAGAAAAUAUGUAAAACAAUGUUUUAUCAUUUUUUUCAUGAUACGUAAUUGUGUUACUCUGUUUCGAGUUAAAAGUAUAAACAAUCUCUCAAAGAGAUUGAAUUAUAAAUAAUACUUUAGAGAUAUGUAAAAGUAUUGUUCAGAAUAUAUAUAUAUAUUUUUUUUUAUAAUUCUGUAUAAACUUAAUAUUUGUCGUUACAUAUGCAUAUAUAUAUGUGUGCGUGUGCGUGUGUGCAUCUAUAUAUACAUAUGUAUCUGUGUACGCACGUAUGUAUGAUACGUAUGUGUAUAUAUGUAUGUAUAUAUGUAUGUAUGCAUAUAUGUAUGCAUGCAUGUAUAUAUGUAUGUAUGUAGGUUUGUAUAUACAUAUUUUUAUUUUUCUUUUUUCUUUUUUUUAUUGUUUAUAUUAUUUUUAUGUCGAGUAAUAAAUAUGAAGGAAUCUUUAUCGCGUUUCCUUUAUCUCUCCUUUUUUUAUUUUGCAUUUUACGUGAUCACGUAAAAUACAAAUUGUUCCUUUACGUUUGAUCAGAUAAAAAUUUCAUUAUCGAAUUUUUUUGAAUUUUCAUUUU